AACCGGGGCCCGGAGCCGGGGUCACUGGGUCGGGUGUCCCUUGCUGCCCGAGAUACCGCGGGAGCGCGAGUCGCAAAGUGGCGGGUCGCGGAUCGUGGGAAAUUUAAAAGUUUAACAUCGGACCUCUUCACCUUUGCAACUCCUCAGUCCGAAUCCCAUCACCACCUCACCCACCUCAAGCCCACGACAAGUACCUUGCGCCGCAACACGACCGCAAGCAGGCCCAUCGAGUCUACCUAGGAGGAGACCCCACGAGAGCUAUUCACCAUGUCGAAAGCUACCCUCGCCGUUAUUGCCGCCGUGAGCGCCGCCGGUGGUGCCGCGGCCACCGCCGCCAUGUUCUCCCUCAAAAGCGACAAGAAGGUCGACACCACCUCGCUGAACGCCCCCGUCCCCGUUGCCCCUCCUAAGCCGGGCCCGGUUCCUGCCAGCCAGGUCUUCAGCGGUGACAAGAUCGUCGACCCCUCCGCCUUCUUCGAGUACGGCUUCCCGGGCCCCGUCGCCGACCUCGCGACCCGCCAAGGCUUCGUGUCCUCGUACGACCGCCGCACCAAGAACCCGCACUGGACGGUCGAGCACAUCACGCCCGAGUCGCUAUCCAUGUCCAACGGCGACCGCAAGAAGUCGACCUUCGUCGAGGACGACGCGAUCCCCGAAAAGUUCCGCGGCAAGCUCAAGGACUACUACCGCUCCGGCUUCGAUCGCGGGCACCAGGUUCCCGCCGCCGACUGCAAGUGGUCGCAGGCCGCUAUGGACGACACCUUUUACCUGUCCAACAUGUGCCCGCAAGUCGGCGAGGGUUUCAACCGCGACUACUGGGCGCACUUUGAGGAUUUCUGCCGUCGCUUGACGAAGCAGUACCCUUCCGUCCGCAUCGUCACGGGUCCCCUGUACCUGCCCAAGCGCGACCCCCAAGAUAACAAGUGGUACGUCAAGUACGAGAUGAUCGGCCAGCCGCCCAACGUGGCGGUGCCGACGCACUUUUACAAGGUCAUCUUUGCCGAGGACGGCAAGAAGGGCGGAAACGUUGCGCUGGGAGCGUUUGUGCUGCCCAACGCCAAGAUCCCCAACGAUAAGCCGCUGCAGGACUUUGAGGUGCCCCUGGAGGCGGUCGAGAGGGCGAGCGGUCUCGAGUUUGCGCACCAGUUGCCGGUGCAGAGGCGGAAGAGGCUGUGUGCGGAGACGAACUGCUCCGUUCUGGUUAAGGACUAUGCUGAGAGGCAGAAGUCUUUUGGCAAGAAGCAGUAAGGGGGGAAUGCACGUAAUAUGGGGGAAGAGAAGGAGGGAGUUGGGUCGUAGCAAGCUCGGUGUUAUUCAAGAUACCCUCUUGUAUAUACCUCUACUUCUUUACGGGGCGGAUUGGUGUUGGCUUCGAACUCGAUAGAUCGG